AUGGGAAGGGACAUGACAGUGGUUGCAGGUGUGAAGCAAUUCCCACACAUGCGGGAUCGCAGAAGCGAGAAAGAAGACGCAGAAGCGGAAGCUGGCAGCAGUGGGUGUGAUCGCAGAAGCGACCAUUUUGUCGUAGAAGCGACAUCGCAGAUGCACAAUUUCUUCCGUAGAUGCGAGCUCCUGUUGGACAGUGGAUAUUGGGACUUCACAAAUGCGCAUUUUGGCUCGCAAAAUUAUUCAGCCUUUCUUCUUCCAUCUUCGCCAUCAGUCACAUCCUUAGCCAACUUGAUUUGGCCAACUCCAAAACCUACAAAGAAGAACAAGGAUAAGUUGCCAUUUGCAAUUGGAGAAGCUGAAAAAGAGUGCGAUUUAUUCAGUGGAAAUUGGGUUUGGGAUGAGUCAAGUCGGCCUUUAUAUGAGGAAUCAGAAUGUCCAUAUUUACUUCCUCAGCAGACUUGCCAAGAACAUGGCAGGCCAGACAAGGAUUAUCUCUAUUGGAGAUGGCAACCUCAUAAUUGUCUUAUUCCAAGAUUCGAUGCAUCUUUGAUGCUCGAAACUCUUCGAGGAAAGAGGAUGAUGUUUGUAGGUGAUUCCUUAAAUAGAGGCCAAUUCAUUUCCUUGGUUUGCCUCGUUCAUAAAAUCAUACCAAAUGACGCCAAAUCCCUCCAUAAAGUUGAUUCAUUUACCAUUUUCACAGCCAAGAAUUACAAUGCGACAAUUGAAUUCUAUUGGGCACCAUUUCUUCUAGAAUCAAAUGCAGAUAGUCCUGGAAAGCACAGGGUACCUGAUCGAAUUGUUCGAAAAGAUUCAAUAAAUACCCAUGGGCAAAAUUGGAAAGGAGUCGAUAUAAUGGUGUUCAAUACCUAUAUUUGGUGGAUGACAGGCCGUACAUUCAAGAUUCUGAAUGGUACAUUUGAUGAUAAUAUAAAACACAUAGCAGAUGUGCCAACUGAAGAUGCUUAUGGUAUGGCGAUGGAGAAUUUACUGAGGUGGAUAAAGGGAAAUGUGGAUCCAAAACGAAAUAGGGUCUUUUUUACCAGCAUGUCACCUUCUCAUGCAUGGAGCAAAGAGUGGGGAGGAGAUCCAAAUGGCAACUGUUAUAAUGAAACAAAAAUGAUAGACGAUCCGAAUUACUGGGGAUCAGAUAGUAGAAAAAGCAUAAUGCAAGUUAUUGGUGAAGAAUUUGGUAAAUCCAAAGUGCCAAUUACAUUUCUCAACAUCACUCAACUAUCAAUGCCACGAAAGGAUGCACACACAUCAAUUUACAAGGAGAGAUGGGGACCUUUAUGUCAAGAAGAACGAGCAAACCCUGUAAGCUAUGCUGAUUGUAUACAUUGGUGUGUGCCUGGAAUUCAAGAUGUUUGGAAUGAGCUUUUAUUUGCAAAGCUUUUCUAUCCUUAAGACUUAAAGUUGUGCACAACGACCAGACAGACACCUCAACUGACUCAUUUAAAGGAGAGAUGGGGUCGGUUGAGGCGUUUAUUUGGAUGUUCUGGACAACUUAAGAGCGCAAUUUAUAUGUUUCGCUUUUGUAAUUUGUUUGAUAACAUUUGUUAGAUUAUUCUUACUAUAAAUGUA